AUUUAAGCAGAGCAGCAACAGUCAUACAUUUGGUCAAAGCAACUUUCCCACAACCCACCAACCUUAGCAACCUUCAGGCUGCUUCGGUUGCAUUAGCAUCGUGCUGCAAGAGCAACAGUAGCUGAGCACUAGCAGCUGCAGCGGCGUAUAUCGCAAUUUGUUCUCAGUUGAUGUUGGUCGCUUGUAUGGCGCAGUUAGUGGUUUGCUGUUUACUCUUCUUCAUCACUCUGCGAGUGUUGGAAAAGUGAAAAGUGCGAAUUCUUUUUGUUUUUGCCAUCUAAAUGGGCCAAGCAUAUAUGUAUGUGUGUGUAUUUGAGGCGCUAGCGCUCUAAUUUAUUUGGUUUUCUCUGCUUGAGUGCGUGCGUAAGUAGCUGAAUCCUCACUAUUUCAGCAGCACCGCUCAUCAAAUAAAUCAUAUAAACAUUAAAAAGUAAAAAAAAGCAAUGAAAAGGAAAUCAUAAAGUUUACGAUCGAAAAUCUACGAAUCAGCAAAGUUUUUCAGUGAAAUCAACAAUUAAACGAUUAAGGGAGAAAAAGACGAAGAAGGAGAAAAAAACAAAAAACGAUACAAUAAAAUUACUCGAACAACAGCAGCCGCUAGAGAACAAACAAGUGCAACGAGAGUAUCUUACGCUCACAUACCUACAUACAUACCUCUACAGGCAUUGCAGAUUUUUGCUGCAUCAGUCAUUUAGCCGGCAAUUCGCAAUUCACUCGCAAGGCACUCCGUAACACACCCAUCAAAUUGACCAAUCAGCAUUACCCAGUGGCAUGUGGCAUAACGGAUUAAAAUGAAGGCAGCAUAACAAAUUCAAAGAGAUACAGAGAGGAGCGAGAGAGAGAGUGGGAUUGCCUCAGUACGUGACAGUGGACUGGAGUUAACAAUAUAAAAAAUCCACAUAAAAAGCGAAGCGUCGAGACUUGAAAUUAUUAACUUAAAUUCAGCAUAAAAUACUUUUUCAAAUACAUCGCUAUUGAUUGGUAUAAAUGACUUAAUGAACUAACUAUUCAAAUCCAAGAAAAAAAUACAUAUUUUAAUAGAGAGCUGAAAAGGUGCCAAAUAAUUGUGCACACCUUAAAAACUCUGAGCAUAUUCCAACCCUUUAAAUUGUAAAACUUCAUUCAACGAUAAUUCUCAGCAGCCGCCGAGUUGUGUGUGUAAAAACGAAAAUUUAAACAUUUAAUAUGUGUGUGAAAAACUGUUGUAAACUAGCGUAAAUACACGCAACCAAAGUCGGGAGACACCUACACACACACACCCACCCCCAACACCGCACACAACAAACCCCCCAUGCUAAGAUAUCGGCUGGUGUCGACACAUUUCCUCAAACAGCCGUAGAUUGUUUAUUGCCGCCGAGCCAGCUUAGCAGAGACGAGUCUAACCGAGUCGCGAUAACAAACGCGAAACGAGUGCAACACAGAAACAACAACAAAAAUUACUAUAUAACUUAAAACAAAGGAAUACUCACUCACACUCACUACACGCACAUACUCACAUAAACACACAAACACAUACAAGUAAACGCUAAACACAUUGAAAAACACUUCGUAGGCGAGUACGCGGAGUUAGCGCGCCGCUGUGUAAGGAAGCGAGCGAGUGGUAGGAGCAAAAAAAAGAAGCAGUAUAUUUGUGUGUGCGAUAGAGAGAGAGAGAGAGUGAAAGAGAGGGAAAGAGGGCGAGCAGCGUGCAAAAGGUUUACGCUUGCGUUCGAGCAGAGUGGGUGGACAACGAAAGGAGGCAGCGAGGCUGAGAGCGAGAGAGAGAGAGGGAGAGAGCAGCUGAUAGCACAAACGAGGAGAAGUCGAGUCGUGGUCUGACGCUUCAGAGCCUAAAAGUUGGCUACACAAAAAAGUAAAAAAGCAGAAAAACUUCACGCUGUUACGGUGUUGUCUUGCAAUUUUUCUGGGAAAAUACGACAACUGCUUUGUGUGAACGCUGGCCAGUACCAGUGUGAAGAGUUUGAAUUGCAUUUCCGAAAAUUUUUACAAGCCGAUAAGCCGAGUGAAUAGCCACUACGCCAACUGCGUACUCAAACCGAGUCGCUUGCAACUACGCCCUCAAUUCGGCUGCGCUACAGCCAAAGCAGUUUAGUACAUAAAACGCAAUACUGUUAGCAGCAAGUAAGACACUUUGAUCUACAGCAUUUAGCCGGCAACAACCUGAAAGCGAUUCCUACGUUAUACUAAAGCUAUUAGCUAGCCAGCGCAUACCAAACGCGUGAUUAUUUAAUCGCUUGACAACGGUGCGGAAGCAUACUCGUUGGCGUCGUACUUGAGUCACGCUAUCAACGUUAUCCUCUGGCGAUACUCCGUUCAAUCGCCAAGAGCUGCAAAGAGCGCCAACAAAGCGCACAUUUUUGGCUUGCAGAUCCUUUAGAGGUUACACGCCGUGCCGUGGUGACUUCUUCCCAACUGGCUGCAUAACUUUUGUCACAACGUAUUCGCUAAAAGUUUUCCGUUUAUUCGGUACGCACGACAACAAUUUGAUUAGCGAAAAUGUGCAGAGAUCGCGAUAUGAUUUUGCCAUAGAUCAACGUAAUCGUCAGUAUAAAGUUAAGAAAAAAAUCAAGCUAAAGUAAACGCUGCGUAGAGAGUGCACGAUCAAGUGAUAAACAGGUGUGAGUGGGACGCUAAAGCGACUGAAAGUGUAAAACCUACAUUUGAUUCGACUAAAAGUAAAGCAAAUUAGUUGAUUUUUACGCUAAAUAUACUCAAAUUAGUGCUCAUUCUCAAACUGUGUAAAACAAAUGUGUCUUAUGAGCAUUUAAUGGAUCGCUGAAAAUCGAUAAACAUCUAAGAAGUAUCGAUAAACCAAGCAUUGUGUUGGCAAUAACUCAAAUUAAGUGCUUUUAAAAUCAGCUAAGAGCAAUAAGGCUUUAUACAUAAGCUACCAAGUUAACAGUGCGUCUUCGGAUAUAUUAAUUUUCAUAAUUCCCAUAAAUAUCGUUAAUCGGUAACAUUAAAAUAUCAAAAUAUCGCUUUACUUCGUUUAAGCGUUUUAUAUAUUUAUGCGCAUCGAAUUUUCUCGUAGUGUGCUUAUAAUUUCAAACUGCGCAUAACCUAAAAUAAAUUAAGCAAUGUGACUGUUGAGCGUCGAUUUUUAUUUUCGUCUAAUUCAUAACUACAACUACUACAAUCGGUCAGCGGUUAAUCGUUCGUUUGAGGCGAGUGCGCGUUUUGUCAGCAUCAGCUAAGGUGUGUUUGUGCUAAGAUUGCUUAAACGUGUUGAGAAUUUUGCGGGGAACUUUGGAAACGUGCGCAAAAAGUUGAAGAAAAAAUUUGAUUGACAGUAAAAGAAUUAAAUAAAAAAUAUUGUGCAUAUUCUUGCAAAACUUCGUGUCUUCACUUCCUUUUUUUUUUGCUCACUUAAAUCAAAGUAACGAAAAAUUAUAACAAAAUAUAAAAAUAAAUAUAAUUUCAUUCAACAAUUUUCGUUUGCUCGGGUCAAACGGAAGCACACUAACAAGGGCAUAAGGAUUCAAAGAAAAAGCGGCAAGAUUGAAGACUUUGCGAGGAACUUUUGGAAGUCUAUUAAGGCUUGCGUUUGCGGCAUGCGCCAUCCUACCACAGGACUUAGCGAAGACGACCUUAGUCGUCUCACUGGUUCAUCCUCAUCGACAGCAUCUUGUGACAGUAAUUCAUCAAACUCCUCCUCUUCAUCAUCAUCGUCUUCUUCUUCGUCGUCAUCGGCGGCGAAUACACCCGCACAUAAAGAGGGCGUCGAAAGCGAGCUUGUACAUCACCAACACCACCACCAUCAUCAUCACCACCACAUGCUUGCGACGAGUCCUGAUAAAACUACAAAUAACACAUUAGCCCUAGUCGCCAGUACACUCAAGCAAAAUAACAACAACAUCAUCAGCAUUAGUACUAUUCAUAACAAUAAUAACAACAACAGCAACAAUAAUAAUGGCACGCAUACAAAUACAACAACACGUUUUAGUUCAACAUAUCUACCCGAACUUAUAAAUCCGCUGGAAUGGCAAAAAUCACGUAAGCGCAAAGAACGCCUUGACAGCACCUCCUCAGCAACUGGUCAGGAUCGCAAGUUGCAACGCUCGAAUAGCGAAGAGCUACUCACGCAAGAGCAACAAACGGCUACCGUUGUGGGCAGUGCAGAUGCACUAAACGCCGGCAGUAAUGCGUUGAAGUCUAACAAGAGUGCGGAUGUGAUUAGACGCGUCUCAUCAGAGGAUUUUAAGAAGACCGCCUCCUAUGCUAUUUACGAGCAAGAGUUACGCGAAGCGGCCGAGUGCCGUGCAGCGGACUUGAAGCAACGCCAACUUCAGCAGCAGCAGCAGUGCGCUGCUACGAAUGAGAAUGACGGUGCAUUGGCCAACCGUCAGAAGCAGCAACCAGCCUCACAGCAACAGCAGCAGGAGGAGACCGCACACGCGCCCGUCUAUCGCGACUCGUGGCUCAGUGGUCCCACCAAAGAUAUGACGCGCCGCUCCCGCUACGAAACUAGCCCGGCGCGCUCGCAACGCUUCUCACCUGUGCGCACGAACGGCGCUAAUGGCGGUGGCAACAGCAGCAAGCAUCGCGAUAGUGACGAUAGCGAAUGCGAGCAUGAGCGUCGCCGCAGCAGCGAGCGUUCAUGCAAAUCACGCCAGCCGCCUGGCCGCAAGGUGGGCGUGGUGAAGAAGAGUAGUGCCGGAAGCGGCAGCAGCAGUGCCGCAAAGUAUUUGGCUACCUCUAAGCGAUUCGACGAGAACGCCGCCUACAAAUACGAUCUCUCCACAUUGAAGUAUGAACGCCGCGGUUUUAUUAGCAAGAAAGGCAGCAUCGCCAACAGCAGCAGCAGCAGUAAUGACAGUGCGAAUAGCAGCGGCCACGAGAAAACCAACGAUCAUAAUGACAAUAAUCUAAUUGACUUCCAUCAGCAGCCACAAAAACAACACCAACACGCCUCAGGUGCGCAGUCACAAUCGUCAGUUGGCCCCACACCCGCCGCCACACAACUGCAAUUGAAAAGUGUUAAUGGCAUUGCAACGUCGGCGGUGGCAGCACCACAAACAGUUAAACGCGCGAGCGCCAUUAACAGUGCCUACAACAGUGUGCCACUAACGGCCGCUCAAGAGGCUCUGCCAUGGGGACGCAGCGUACCCGAAGAUGCCACACCGAUGUUAAGUCGCCGUUAUGCGCCCGUGCGUCAUCAUCCCGUUGAUAAUCUCGAUUCGGCAGCAAAACUAUCCAAGGUUAUGCCAUACCCACAACAGUUUCACAAACAAUCCGCAGCACAGCGCGCUUUCGAUGACGACAUGGAUUGCAUGGAUUCACUAAGCACUUUUCGUGCCUUUACCUCGCGCGAUGUUAUGGAACAAGUUAUACCGGCUAUGAUGUCCUUUCAAUCACCGGAAGAGCGUCUCAAGCAGGUUAAUAAACGUUUGACGGCAUUGAAAAAGAAGCUCGUACAAUUGGAAGAGGCUUAUGAAAUGCGUGUCGGUUAUCGUCCGUCACAAGCCGAACGUAUGAAUGAUAAAUAUAUGAAGAAUAUUUUGGCAGACAUUAAUAAGCUGCGCAAGGAACGGCAGGAAUUGAAAACCGAUCCGAUGGGCGCGUUGGGAAUGAAAGUGAGCGGCGGCAUGGAUGCCGCCAAGAAGUUGGAGAAAAUGAAAACGACGCUGCAGGAAAUUGAACAGAGUCUGGCCGACAAGCGUGAGGACACCAAUCGCUCCGAAUCACUCGACGAACUUAACGCCGAUCAGCUGGUGCAAGAAAAAAGCGCCGUACAACAUGGUCUACUCUACUUCGAGUCACUCUACGGUCGCCCCGGCACCAAAGAUGAACGCGAUGCCGCACGCCCGCUCUACGAUCGUUAUCGUCAGCUCAAACGCAUGGUCUUACGCAGCGUUAUGCAAUCGGGCAGCGCUGUAGCCGGCGCACCCGAAUUGCCAACCAUACACGAGAAUGAAGCGAUGGUCUUCGAAUUUACACCCCACCAACUCUCAUCGGCCAAUAGUACUGAAUCGAAUUCGCCGAGCGAUUCGGCAACAGCGCCAAAUGCAUCCUCGGACGACUCGACAACCACCACAACCGGUGCCAAUACAGCUGAGGCCACAAGCACCGCCACCAACACGCCGUCAUCGUUGAUGAGUGCUAGUGAGAAUAUUAGCGCUUUAAAUAUCGAACAAUUGUGGGAGCAUUUGGAGAAGAUACGUGAAGAGAAAAAGCUACUCAAGCGUACCAUACGUGAGUAUGAGACCAUAUUUGAGGAGCAAAAUGGCCGUAAGAUGCUGAAGAAUGAUCGUAAAAUGAUUGAAGAGACCUAUGCACAGUAUAAAGAGAAGAAGGCAAAGACACGCCUUUUGCAGGAGUUGAUCAAGAAGCAGAAGCGUUCAUUUGCCUAAGAUAUUCACUAAAGAAAAGUAAAGUGGCGAAAAUAAGAGCGAAUGUGAAAAGCUCAAUUUUAUUUGAUUUAUUCAUGUGUGUGUGGCGACAACAAUACAAGAAGCCAUGCACAACGCGGCAAAUUGUUGUAAAGCUGUGGCAAAUAGACGAGUUAUGCAAAAGCACGAAACUUAAAGCUUUUGCUGUUGUGGAAUGUAAAGCACGAAAGUUUCAUUACUGAAAGCACAGAAUGGACUACUGCAUACAGACAAAUCUGCGUGGCAGUGCUGGAAAGCGCGCGUCGAAUACAUUUUGUAUAAAUUAAACAAUUUUAAAUUGUUUUCUCUUUUAUAUUGAUGAGCACACAUAUUUCAUGACAAAAAACCACAUUUAUAUGUGUUAAAAACUAUUUGUUAUAUUUAUUUUAUAAAAUUUUUAUUGUAAUAAUAAUGAUCUUAUAAUAUUAUAUUUAUUUUGCAUCUCAUUUAUAAAAAAAAUAUAUAUGUAUAUGUAUGCCUACCAAAUGCUAUAAUAUUGCGAUUUAUUAUUAAUGCAUAACGCAUAGCCACCAAAAAAAGUUAUUUAGUUAUUUAAGCUCUUGAAAAACUGUGUUAAUUUUUAUAAAAUUCACAAACUUAUAAAAAAAAAUCUAUUAAAUUAAAUUUUAGAUUUUAAGUGUGAAGCACUGAAAAGAAUGAAGGCGAAAGCAAAGUAUUGAGCGAUGAGAAUAUGUAAUGUUUUUUUUCACAAAAAUCAACAAAAAAACGCCAUUUUAAUGUACAAGACAAAUAUAAAAAUGUGAAAUAAAAGAACAAAAAUGUGCAUUGAAAGAAAAAGAAAAGCUUGAAAUUAUUUUUUAUGAAAAGGUCAAAUUUCUAAGCAUAUAAGUGAAUAGAUUUACUAUUUUACGUAGAAAAUUUGCAAAACUUAUCAAAAAUUGGGUUAUUAUUGUAGGAAAAUACAAAUAAUAUAUUUUUUUUCAAAAAUAAAUAUGUUGAAAAAGUAACUCCAUCGAAUUAAAGUUUGUUUAUUCAAAAUUCUUUUAAAAAAUUAUAUUUUCUCCAUAAAAAU